GAGUAUAUGAUUUAUUGUUGAUGAUGCGUUAAUGGUAGAAAGGUUUCAAUAAGUGAAAAAUUUUUGCUGCUAAAAAGCAACGAUUACGACGCGCUGUGAAAAAUAUACUUACUUAACGGUCGAGGUGAGAGGCGAGGGGUAAUUUUUUUCGAAACGAUUGCCGCUAUUAAGAACAGAAUGGUAUGGUAGGCCGGAGCGGAGCGGCGGUGCGCAUGUGUAAACCGGUGCGGUGCGGUGCGUCAGCGUCAUCGUCAUCGUCAUCGUCAUCGUCAUGACCACAAGAAAGACGACCAGCGAGUCAGCGACAGCCAAAGCCAAAGCCAUAGCCAAAGCUGAAAGCCGUUACAAUCUUGUACGACUCGUACUCGUACAUACAAGUCUGCUCGACGUCGACGUCGACGUCGACGAGGCGUACGUAAACGUAACACGUAACGCCCCAACGCCCCGUAAGCCGUUCGGUGCGUCGCUCGGCUGAUCCGUGGUCCGCGGUCCGCGGUCCGCGUCCGUGUUCGAGUUCGACUUCGUGUUCGUGUUCGUGUUCGUAUUCGCGUUCGCGUUCGCGUUAAUGUGUAAAAAACGUACCGUAAUAUCGAGAUUCGAGAAUCAGUGUGUCGGCGUUCCUCGUGCCCUACUCUCCAGUACUCGAGGUGCCCGUUUCGGUGUGCCCAAAAAUUCGUAGAAUAGCGCGCGCGAUACUUUUUACGAUUUUCUUCGUCUUCGUAGUCGUAGUCGUUUACACGCGAAUAUACUUACUUCGGUAUAGUUUUUUUUUUCGCGCUUACUUGCCGUAUUUUUGCCCAAGUUUUUUUUUUGUUUCGCCAUCAAUUAAUGAAAAAAUAACACGUUCGUUCGUUUAGGUAUCUACGUACCUAUUUUUUUAUAAUUCGUAUUAUUCGCACGUGUUCGACGACAAUUGUUGCAAAUCUCGCGAAUCGGUUCAUUUUACAAAGUGAUCAUUCCGCAAUCUCGGUCCACGUACGAUACCUAACGUAGUGCAUGUGCAUGUGCAUGUGCAUAUGUGCACCACAGUGCACUCCUUUCAUCUGCCAAAACUCCAAAACUACGCGUAGGUACGCGUCCGGUACCUAUGAUCGCCGAUUUCGGAUAUCCAGCUGCGAUGCCAUCAACAUUCGACGCUGCGUUUUCAUCGAUAUCGCUUUUGUAUGAAGAAUCCUGCACGUGUAUCGCAGCAAGCAAACGACGAUUCCGCGAUGCAGAGGUACGUCAAUCGUAACGACAAAUUAAUCGCCAUUUCGUAGAACAAGAAGCGAAUAAGAAGACAACGACGGAGUGGAGAAAGAGGAAGAAGAAGAAGAGGAAGAAAGGGAACCGGCGCGUCGAGUUAAGGGUGAUGGCUGAUGGCGUGAAAUUUGCUGGCGACGACGUUGGCGAUGGUGGCCAUGGCCGGUACCGAUACUCGCAGCCGUAACUGGUUCGGCAUCUUCGACGUCGGCGUCGGCGGCGUCGGCUGCGGCAGUGAUUUCGCGCGAGUGGCGGCGGUGGCGGCGAUGCUGUGGUGCGCCAGCAGUAUACGCAUCCGUUCUAUCGUCAAGUGUCGCGAUUGUUCCAUUUCGAAUAUUCUAGUAUUUUACGGUAAUAAGCCGCGUCUGAAAAGCGCGGCUAACGUGUUGUCGUUAUUUUUUAUAUACGCGUUAAUCGGCGGUUCGUGCGCCACUGCGGCCGCCGCUGCCGCUGGCGGUGGCGGUUCGCAUCGCAAAGUACGUAUCACGGUUAUUGCUCCUGAAAAAGCUAGUCAAGAUGAAGAAACACUCGGCGCCAUUUUACCGGCUGUCGAUCUGGCCAUUAAAGCCGUCGCUAAUCCGCUCUCUGGUCGCUUAGCCGGCUACCAAAUCGAGCAUCGCUACCGUAAUUCCAAUUGUUCGCCUACCUACGGACCGCUGGCUGCCAUCGAAUUGCAUAACAUGUCCGAUGUAUUCUUGGGACCGGUAUGCGAUUACGUGAUAGCUCCUGUCGCCAGAUACUCGGGCGUAUGGAACAUACCGGUGAUGACGUCGGGCGCCCAGGUAGACAUAUUCUCGUUCAAGCCGGAUUUUCCCACCUUGACUCGUAUGAUGGGUUCUUAUCGACUGGUUGGCGAAGCUUUGCGUUACAUAUUGAACCAGUUCAGUUGGAACGUGGCCGGAAUAUUAUACUUCAACCACGGCUUGGAUUCGCCUUUGGGACACGCCAAGUGCCAUUUCACCAUGUCGGCCGUAUUCAAAACGUUGAGCCAGAAACCGUUCCAUCACAGUUUCAACGAAAGUGCCGAUGCCAACGAGUACAAACGAUUGUUGCAAGAAGUAGCCAAAACCGCUCGAAUUGUGGUCGUCUGUGCCAAAGUGUCCAUGGUUAGAGAAAUUUUACUAGCCGCAGAAGAACUGAAUAUGAUAGACAGCGGAGAGUUUGUGUUUUUCAGCAUCGAAUUAUACAGCAGUUUGGAUCACAGUUCGCUUACGCCGUGGUACGUCAAGAAUGAUACCUAUGAAAGAAACGAACGGGCUAAAAAAGCGUAUUCGGCGUUGCUAAUCGUGACGGCCAGAACGCCCAAUAACGAAGAAUACAAAAAUUUCUCUUCAGACGUUAAAAAUCUGGCGAUGAUAAAGUACGGUCACAAGUUCGGCAACGACUCGGACUCGGUUUCCACGCACAUCACAGCUUUCUACGAUGCGGUCUUAUUGUACGCUCUGGCAUUGAACGAAACCCUCGAACACGGCGGACUGCAAUCCAACGGUCUCGAGAUCAGCAGAAGAAUGUGGAAUCGAACGUUCGAAGGUAUCACCGGUAACGUUUACAUCGACGAAAAUGGCGAUCGAAUUGCCGAUUAUUCUUUGCUCGAUAUGAAUCCGAAAACCAGCGAAUUCCGAAUUGUGGCCCAUUACAUCGGAGUGAAUCAGUCUUUGGAGUACUUGAGCGGCGUUAAAAUCCAUUGGGCGGGAGGCCGUACUGAACCGCCACCCGACACGCCACCUUGCGGAUUUGAUAAUUCGCUCUGCAUUCAAUCUACGUCUUCUAUAUAUGCCGCCUUAAGUAUCGUGCUUUUCUCUGUUGUGGUGGUCUUGUGCAUCGUGUCGGUUUUCACAUUCAGGCAUUACAAGCUGGAAGCUGAAAUCGCGUCUAUGACGUGGAAAAUUCACCCGAAAGAGAUCGUCCGAGUACCACCUGGUGGAAAGUUUCGAGGCAGCGUGUACAGCUUGGGCAGAAGAAAUAGUCAAAUCACGGUGGCAUCGGAAGACGCGAUGAGCUUGUACGACGGUCGGCAACAAUUCAUUCAGACGGCGUUUUACAAGGGCAACAAGGUGGCGGUGAAAAAUUUGAACAAAUCACGAGUCGAGUUGACGCGGUCUGUUUUAUUGGAACUGAAAAGAAUGAAAGACUUGCACCAUGACCACUUGGCGCGAUUCUACGGAGCUUGCUUGGACCCGCCGCACUGCUGCUUUCUAACCGAAUACUGCCCGAAAGGAAGUUUGCAGGACAUUUUGGAAAACGAACAAAUAAAAUUAGACUGGAUGUUUCGAUACAGUUUGAUGCACGAUAUCGUAAAGGGCAUGUGUUACUUACACAGCAGCGACAUAAAAUCUCACGGAGGUUUAAAGUCGUCCAAUUGCGUCGUAGAUAGCAGAUUUGUGCUGAAAAUAACCGAUUUCGGCCUGAGAAGUGUGAGAACGGACGCCGAAAGUUCCAGUAAUGGCAGCAAUUCGUACGCGUAUUGGAGACGUUUACUGUGGACAGCGCCCGAAUUGCUGAGAAUGAGAAUCGUGCCGCCAGAGGGUACUCCGAAGGGAGAUGUAUAUUCGUUCGCCAUUAUCGUACACGAAAUCGUCACCAGACAAGGACCUUUUUAUUUGGGAGAGAGUUCUCAGCUAGGCCCUCAAGAAAUUAUCGACGGAGUAAGAAGCAGCCAGAAAUGUCUCAGACCCAACACCAACGAAUUGAGUUGCGAAGAAGAAGUCGGCAACUUGAUGAAGAAAUGUUGGACAGAGGACCCCGCUGAUAGACCUGAUUUCACCACACUCAAAGCCGCCAUAAGAAAAUUGAACAAGGAUUACGAGAGCAACAAUAUACUCGAUAAUUUGCUGUCUCGCAUGGAACAAUAUGCCAACAAUUUAGAAGCCUUGGUCGAAGAGAGGACGGCAGAUUAUUUGGAAGAGAAAAGAAAAUGCGAAGAAUUAUUGUACCAACUUUUACCAAAGUCUGUUGCCAGUCAGCUCAUCUUGGGCCAGUCUGUUGUGGCUGAAACGUACGACAGUGUGACAAUUUAUUUCAGCGAUAUAGUUGGUUUUACCUCUUUAAGUGCCGAGAGCACGCCGCUCCAAGUAGUCGAAUUACUCAAUGAUCUCUACACGUGUUUUGAUUCGAUUAUUGAAAACUUCGACGUCUAUAAGGUUGAAACUAUCGGCGAUGCGUACAUGGUUGUGUCUGGAUUACCCGUUCGAAAUGGUAACUCGCACGCUAGAGAAAUUGCUAGAAUGUCUUUAGCAUUGUUGAAUACGGUCGUUACCUUUACAAUACGCCAUAGGCCGGAUGAUAAAUUAAAAUUGAGAAUAGGAAUUCACACGGGGCCAUGCGUUGCCGGAGUUGUCGGAUUAAAAAUGCCUCGAUAUUGUUUAUUUGGCGAUACUGUAAACACCGCGUCCAGAAUGGAGUCUAAUGGAGAAGCGCUGAAAAUUCACGUAAGUCCGCAGACAAAAGAAGUAUUGGACACUUUUGGUACAUUCGAGGUGCAGCUUCGAGGCGAAGUCGAAAUGAAGGGUAAAGGAAAAAUUACCACGUAUUGGUUGCUGGGUGAAAAAACGCCUAUUACCACUUCCAUACUCAUAUCUACAUCCGAUUCUGCUGUCAGCGCUACGGCUAGUGUGAUUGCUUCCUCGAAUAAUGUGAUCGCCAAUAGCAUCAGACACGCGUCCAGCAAUAUAUCGUCGUCGGUGAGCGAAAAGUCACUCAACAACAAUAGGUCUAUUUCAAAUCAUAACAUAACUUCUCUGACCCCUUUGUUGCAAGAAGACGUUGGCUAACUUACUCUCUAACCAAGUCACUGUGCCACUGUGCCCAUCCCAUCGACCCUCGGUCCCUCAUUUUCUCUGUACCUAUAUCAACAACUCUUACCUACGAGUAUCUUUUUCAUCAUUUUUUUAAGGAUUCCUCUUUGUUGUUUCUUUUUAUUACUCUUAUUAUUACGUAUUACGUACUACGUACUACGUACUACGUAUUACCUAUUAUUUUUAUUGCUCCGUUUCCCGGCGACUAUGUUUUUUUGUUUAUGUCUUGUAUUAUAUUACGUAUAGGUAAUCGUUAUUCGUUUUGUUCAAUGUUAUAAGUCGUAACUUAUUGUACUCGUAUGUACCUACCUCUAGACCUACUGUGGUGUACAUACACAUACGUAUUCGUCGUGAAAUGUACGUACGGGCACGGGCACGGGCACGGGCCCAUCUUUUUUGCAUACCCGGCCUCUGUCUACCUGUAGUGCACGUACCUCUACCUACCAAGGCACAUGCACACAUUUCAUAUGAGUAUGUACUCGUAUGUACUUUGGUAGCCUACUGUAUCUCUAUCUGCGUGUUUUACAAUGAGUAAAUUACCUUACGAUAUCAACUCCCAAAAGGAAACUCCUUCGCUUAUACCUACCUACCUACUUUACCUGGCUACCUACGAGUAUACAUAUAAGUGUAGGUGAGCUGGUGAGGGUAUAACUUCCCUAAUGUCCGGAAACGACGACCUACCUAAAUGUGUUUACCGUGCUACUCGUAUUAAUUGUAUGAUUUUCAUGACAUACCUACCUACCUACCUACCGAAUUGUAAAUUGAAAAAGUACUUGAGAAAUUUUCUGGGCUGAACGUUGAAAACGUACGUUCGUUCGGUUAUACAGGUACAGGUACGGGUACGCGUACGCGUACGCGUACAUUACCAUACGCGGUGUAGGUGUACCUAUAGUAAGUAGGUUACUUCUCCUACGUACAUACUCGUGUUAGAGGCGCGCCGUUUACCUCUCCCCCCCCCCCCCCCCCCGACAGAGAAAUGUUGGCAAAAAGUUGGGAAGAAAAGACCGCUGGUUUUUACUUUUUAAAUUACGCAUUUUCAAAACCUUUCCCUAAUUUACUUUUCACGUCAAAAAUAAUGUUGUAGGUACUCGACUACUCGUAGGUCCUAUUUCGCCGCCGAAAAUUCGGAAACAAUUUCGGAUUCUUGCCAAAAUUGGUUCUUUUUGAAAAUGUAAAAAAUUAUACCUAUCCUGAAGAAAAAUGAAGAAUUGUCAAUUUUCGAAUAGCGAAAAAAGGUGCAAAAAUUCGUUUAAAAAUACCAAAAAGCACGAAAUUUUGGCCUCGUAACUUCUUACACUAAAAUUAAUUUUUUGUGCCUAGUAAAUUGUUAGUUUUCUAAAACUUUCGCCCUCGUUUCAUGCGGGCAAAAUCGAAAAUUUUCCAAAAAUUAAGUACGUUCUGUCCUCUUUUUUACAAUUACGGUGUCUAAAAAACAAAAAAUUGAUAGGUAACAAGAAAAAAGGCGCGAAUUUUUUAUUUUGAAUUUCAGUAAGAUCAACCUCGCGAUAGAACAAUUCGAAUAUUUUGUAAUAAAUAGUCGAGCAUCGUUUUUGAAAAUUUCAAAUUAUUCGACACUUUUUUUGUUCAACUUCCCCUUUCAAAAUUUGUUCGAACCGUACGUGGCUGGGUAUUAUUAGCUGGGAAAAUCCGGGAGGGGGGAUGUGGGGUAAAAAAUGGAAAAAUUUUCAAUGUCACUCCGUUCUUCCCCCACCCCCGACACAUUACUUCGUCACGCCUCUGACUCGUAUAUGCGCAUCUUAACAAUAAGCAAAUUUAAAGGUAUUACUUAAAGGCUGUGCGUGUAAUAAUAUAAUAUUAUUAUUAUUAUUAUCAUUAAUUUGCUGUAUUCGUGUAAAAUAUGAUUGUACCAUUUUAAAUUUUUAUUACCUCCUCGGAUAUAUUUUUCGUUAUUCGUGUGUACCUACAUACCUACCUACCUACCUACCUACUUGUAUUAAUUAAGUACGAUGUGUAUGUAAUAUUGUGUGAUGUGUGUUUAUUUAAAAAUUAUAAAGUCUC